AUGAAGAUACUGACCAAAGAAGACGAAAAAGCCCACUACGACUCCGUCGUAAGAGCGGGCUUCAAAGGCGGCGCCAUAGGCCUCGCAGGCGGCCUCGCGGGCGCCUGGCUCGCCUACCGCCGCUUCCCCGCCUUCCGGGGCCUCACGCUCCCCUUCCGCGCCUUCCUCCUCUCCUCCGUCGCGACCGCCGGCUCCAUCGUGGCCGCCGACCACGCCUCCAUCGCCUUCAGCCGCGAGCGCGACCCGACCGCCAACUUCCGCGGCGAGACCCAGCGCGCGCGCGACACCCUGCGCGCCCACGAGACCACCUCCUCGCGCCUCAUGGAGUGGGGCCGCCGCAACCGCUACUCCAUCGUCUUCGGCUCCUGGAUCGCCAGCAUGGCCGUCGCCUUCGCCAUCGUCAGCCGCCAGCCCAUGUCGGCCGCCCAGAAGCUCGUCCAGGCCCGUGUCUACGCCCAGGGCCUCACCGUCGCGGUCCUCGUCGUCACGGCCGUUUUCGAGAUGUCGGAUGCCAAGAAGGGGGAGGGCCGGUGGGAGACCGUUAUGGUUGUCGACCCGGAUGAUCCUGAGCACAAGAAGCUGAUUGAGAAGAAGAUCCACAGGGAAGAUUACCAGGGCCAGGAUUUGUGGAAAGACAUGGUUGCUGCCGAGGAGCGACGCAUCCAGGAGCGGAAGAGGGCUGCUGCGCAGGGUGUACCUCAAAACGAGUGA